AUGAACUCACUGCGCGAGGAACCUUCCUGGCCCGCCUUCCCAGCCUCCGAAUCAGGCCCGUCCUUUCUUGAAGAAUGUCAAAGACUGCAUCUACCUAACCUUCUACACCACCGACUUGCCUCGGUUCGCCGCCUUCAUCCACCGUUGCAUCUCCGAAAACGCGAAGCCCCAAAAGCAGACGAACGCCGCCUCAACUUCGAAACCAUUCUCAUCCUCCUAUUGCUCUCGAAUAUUCAGACCUACAAAUUCCUCGUAUUGAGACAGCUACUCGCGCUCCAUCACCGCAUGGCGACUCACCACCUUCGAACACACACUUCAGACACUCUCAGAUGGCGGGCUUCCAUCUCCAACCGUACGCAGGGUGUCAUGCCUCCAAGACAUGUAGCGGCGCCCUUUCCUAGAUACUACACUUUGCAAGGCAUAUAUAGGGUUACUGAGAGCUUCUCCCCUUGCGAGGCGGAAGGAACUGAAGCUGUCAUCCGCGUCACCGAAACUAUUCCCUGCGACAGCAAGAAAGCCACAGAACAGGCCACCACUGCCACCGAUAUCUUCUGCGCCUUCGCCGCUGAGCCGGCCGACACCAUGAAAUAG